AUGACGAAUAAAGAACAAGACACGGCUUUGCACGAAGUUAUACGUUAUAAUCACUUUAAGGUUGUAAAAUUGUUAAUCGAAGAAGACUCAAAUUUUUCAUAUUCUGCUAAUGAUACUGGUGAGACUCCACUUUACAUAGCUGUCGAGAGAGGGUUUGACAAUGUGCUGUUCGAAAUUUUAGACAAAUGCAAAUCACCAAUGCAUGGGGCCCCCUUGGUCUCACAAUCAUGGAGGAAAGCUAGUGUGAGGGAUGGGGGACUCAGCACUAUUGAGCCUUGGCACACGAGCCGGAUCCGACGAAGAGAGGAGAACAAUAUUGAAGAAUGCAUCCGAAACCCAUUUGGUAGUGGGUGCACUCAUUACAAAGAUACCAUAUCUUUGGUGUUGUCAAGUUUUGCCGUCUUUAUCCACCUAUUGAUGCCAUUUCUUUUCGGGGAGGAUUUCGAUAAAGAUAAACUCGAGAAAGUUCUCUAUAUUGCCUUGAGUCUUGCUAAUUUUGAAGUUGGAAGAUGGAUUUCUACGUUCAUUGAUGUUAAUGCCAUUCCUCUGAACAUUUUCUUGUCUACUGCUCUUAUAGACAUGUACUCAAAAUGUGGAGAUGUUGAGAAGGCUCGAAGAAUCUUUGACAGAAUGUCCGGCAAGAAUUUGGCAUCUUGGAAUGCCAUUAUCACUGGUUAUGUGCAGCAUGGUUUGAUGGAAGAGGCAAUUCAAUUAUAUUAUUGCAUGAAAGGGGAGUUAGUGAAACCAGACGAGAUCACAAUGGUGAAUGUAUUGUCUGCUUGUGCUGGCUUAGGGGCCCUUAAACUUGGGCGAGAAAUUAAUCUCAAUUUGGGUAGAAAUGGUUUAGGCCCAAAUGUAUUUCUUGCCACUGCCCUUGUUGAGAUGUACUCAAAAUGUGGUAAAAUUGAUGAUGCUUGUUUGGUUUUUGUUAAGAUGAAGGAAAAAGAUGUUCCCUUGUUCAAUGCCAUGAUACUAGGACUUGUUUACCAUGCCAAUGGAAAAGACUCAUUAGCUCUCUCAAAACAGAUGGUGAGUUUUGGGGUCCAACCCAGUGAGGUCACAUUUAUAGGAAUUUUAUCAGCUUGUAAUCAUUCGGGAUUAGUUGAAGAGGGUAGACUUCAAUUUUCAAAUUUGAUUAACAAAUAUGGUUUGAGUCCUAAUAUUGAGCAUUAUGCUUGCAUGGUGGAUCUCCUUGGACGAGCUGAACAUUUAGACGAAGCAUACAAAUUAAUUCAAAACAUGGUUGUCCCACCUGAUUCAAUAAUUUGGGUUGCUUUGUUGAGUGCUUGCCAGAUCCAUCGAAGUCUUGAACUGGCAGAUAGAAUUGGAGAAAUUAUAAUUGCAUCACACGAUCCUAAUCCAGGCUUGUGCAUCUUGUUAUCAAAUAUUUAUGCUACUGGGGGAAGGUGGAAAGAAGUUGCUAGAGUGAGAAGAAUAGUCAAGGAAAAAAGGAUUAAAAAGCCCUCUGGGUAUAGUUGGAUUGAGAGUUGCAUCAGCCAGCACAUCAAAGUUGAUGGGAACACAGAAUUCCGCCAAGAUAGGUGCACCAGUGGUAGCAUAUACCAAGAAUAG